AUGAGUCAGGACAACUGGUUUCCAGUAACCAUCUACCUGGGGAAGAGAGACUACAUAGACCACGUCAGCCAAGUGGAGCCCGUGGAUGGAGUCGUGUUGGUCGAUCCUGAUCUCGUCAAGGGCAAGAAAGUUUAUGUCACUCUGACCUGUGCCUUCCGCUACGGCCAGGAAGACAUCGACGUGAUUGGCCUGUCCUUCCGCCGGGACCUGUACUUCUCUCGGGUUCAGGUGUAUCCUCCCGUGGGGCCUGCAAGCACCCCCACGCAUCUGCAGGAGAGCCUGCUCAAGAAGCUGGGGGCCAACACCUAUCCCUUUCUGCUCACGUUUCCCGACUACCUGCCCUGCUCGGUGAUGCUGCAGCCAGCUCCCCAGGAUGUGGGGAAGUCGUGCGGGGUUGAUUUUGAGGUCAAAGCAUUUGCCACGGACAGUGCCGAUGGGGAAGAGGAUAAAAUUCCCAAAAAGAGCUCUGUGCGUCUGCUGAUCCGGAAAGUACAGCACGCUCCCAAGGACAUGGGCAUCCAGCCCCGGGCUGAGGCAGCCUGGCAGUUCUUCAUGUCGGACAAGCCUCUGCACGUGGCCGUGGUCCUCAGCAAGGAGAUCUUUUUCCACGGGGAGCCCAUCCCAGUGACCAUGACAGUCACCAACAACACCGAGAAGACCGUCAAGAAGAUCAAAGUGUUAGUGGAGCAGGUGGCCAACGUGGUCCUCUACUCCAGCGACUACUACGUCAAGCCCGUGGCCACGGAGGAAGCUCAAGAGAAAGUGCCCCCAAAUAGCACUUUUACCAAGACCAUAACCCUGGUGCCGCUCCUGGCGAACAACCGGGAGAGGCGGGGAAUCGCUCUGGAUGGGAAGAUCAAGCACGAGGACACAAACCUGGCCUCCAGCACCAUCCUCAAGGAGGGCAUAGACCGGACCGUCAUGGGGAUCCUGGUGUCCUACCAGAUCAAGGUGAAGCUCACGGUGUCAGGCUUCCUGGGCGAGCUGACCUCCAGUGAGGUGGCCACUGAGGUGCCGUUCCGCCUCAUGCACCCCCAGCCGGGGGACCCAGCAAAGGAGAGUUUUCAGGAUGAAAACCUGGUGUUUGAGGAGUUUGCUCGCCAAAAUCUGAAAGAUAACGAGGAAGAAGAGAAAAACAAGGAGAAGGCCACCAAUGACGAGUGACGAGGUGGCCAGGGAGACGGGAGGUGUCCUGGGGUCACCACGUGGCCAGCAGGCUCCCCACUGGCCCAUUAGAGUAAUGCCUGUAGAUAAGAAAGGAUGAGUCUUCCUGACAGAAAUAAAGCCGGUCCUUCUUUAUGGUCA